AAGGGAAGCGCAUUGCAAGCUAAAGUAGUAAUGGCUAAGCUCUUUCCUAAGCUUGUUUCCUUUCUUGCCGUUCUUCUUCUUUGUCAAUUUGGUUAUGUAGCCUGUCAACCAACGAUGAAGCUAAAAAGUACAAGCAGAAACGCCACGUUGCCUGAAGGAGAAGAAAAGGCUUUGGAUGACUUGUUGAAAACGUUAGAGUGGGGUUUUCAUCCAAAUAUCGCACGCUCGGCUUGUUCCUCUCAUUUUGAAUACAUCAAAUGCGACUGCAACAGCACAGUUUGUCAUGUCACCCGCCUAACGCUCCCAGACCAGGACUUGACUGGACAAAUAAAUGCUUCAGCCUUGGCUAGUCUCGUUUACCUAAAAGCAAUUGAUUUGUCCAAGAAUCAACUUCAUGGUAGCAUCCCUCUCACCUUGGUGAACUUGAGUUCACUCACCCGUAUCGAUCUCUCCACGAACUUUCUCAGUGGCUCCAUACCUCCAUCCUUAGGGAAUUUGUCGUCCCUCAAAUAUCUCCGUCUCUCGAGAAACUUCCUCAAUGACUCCAUACCUUCAUCUUUGGGGAAUUUGUCGUCCCUCAAAUAUAUGAGUUUGUCGUAUAAUAAGUUAUCAAGUCAAAUCCCUAGAGAAUUGGGCAACCUCUCUAAUCUCCUAUAUAUGUACUUGGACUCCAAUGAACUCACUGGUCAGCUUCCACCAGAACUUGAAAGUUUGAGAUCUCUUGGUUAUUUAGGGUUGAGCUCCAACAAUUUGAGUGGACCACUGCCGAAAAAUUACGCCAACUUUACUUCGGAAUUGCAGUGGUUUAACGUAGCUGGGAACCGUUUGACCGGUCAAGUACGAAGUUUCAUUGCGAAUUGGACUGGACUCGUUUACCUGUCCCUCUCCGGGAAUGAUUUUGAAGGAGAGCUUCCUCUUGAACUUCUUUUUAACAUGUCAAACCUCGUAUACUUGUAUGUUAGUGAUGUAAGAAGCUCGGCCGGUUUCCAUUUCCCAAAAAACGCAACUAUGAAGAAAAUAAGACGGCUGGUGAUAAGGAAUUGCUCAAUAAGUGGUGAAAUCCCCUCGUACAUUGGUAAUUGGUCAUCGUUAACAUACCUAGACUUGAGCUUUAACAGCUUAACUGGUGGAAUACCAGAUUCCAUGAAAAACCUGACUUUAAGUAAGAUGUUUCUCACAGGAAAUAUGCUUAAUGGCACAGUACUUCCCUGGCUUCCUCAUAAAAUUGAGGACACGGCGGACUUGUCAUAUAAUAAUUUUGAUGAUGGUCCGAAGAAAGGAGAAGGAAAGCUGAACAUCAGUGAACCAAACAGGACUUCUAUACGUGAUUUCAAAAAUAAAUGUGGGCGAAAACCAAAGUACGAUUCCUUAUAUAUAAAUUGUGGAGGAGGAGGCACAGUUUUUUAUGGGAAAGAGUUUGAAGCAGAUAAUGCAACAUCAAAUUACUAUGAAUCUACAAAAGGAAAUUGGGCUUAUUCUUGUUCUGGAGACUUUGGUUCGGAAACUUAUGAUUCCAGUGAUUACAUAAAAAACAUGGAAUGUGGAGAUUGUGAUUCUGCUGAGACACAGUUAUACAACUCAAGUCGCCUCUGCCCUCUUUCUCUGACAUAUUACGGCUUCUGUUUAUUUAAAGGAAAUUACACUGUGAAACUUUACUUCGCUGAAACUGUUUAUCAAAGUGAUGAAGAUUAUUCGAAUUUAGGGAAACGUGUUUUUGAUGUAUAUAUACAGGGGAAUAGAACACUAAAAGACUUCAACAUAAAAGAAAUGGCCAGCGGCACCAAUAAGACAUGGACUCAAAAUUUCACAGCACUUGUAGGAGAUGAUCAUCUAUUGACUAUCCAUUUUUUCUGGGCUGGCAAAGGAACUUUCCAGGAGCCAAGUUUUUCCUAUGCACCUGCUGCACUGUCUUUAAAGGGACCCCUUGUGUCAGGCAUUUCUGUAACUGCAAACUUCAAAGUUGGCAAGGGACCAUCUCCUUUACAAAUUGCAGGGAUUGCUGUAGGUUCAGUAUUUGGUUCUCUACUUCUGUCGUCUUACAUGUGGAAAAUGGGCUGGCUGCAGCAAAAUGAUUUGGAUGAUAUAACUAUAGAGGUCCAAGGAGAUGAAAAAUCUUUCUCCCUCAAAGAAAUAAUCGAUGCUACUCGAAAAUUUAGCCCCAAAAUGGAGAUUGGCAGGGGACGCUUUGGAAUAGUAUACGAGGCUGAAUUGCCGAACGAGAUAAAAUUAGCAGUGAAGAAGAUUUCUCCUCGUUCAAAGCAACAAGGAAAAGAUGAAUUACAAAGGGAAAUCUUCAACCUGAAAUCUUUGCAUCAUGAGAAUCUUGUUCAAUUGUUGAAUGGCUAUUCUAAUAAAGACCUGCAUCUGCUAGUAAAUGAAUAUAUGCAGAAAGGCUCCCUUCAACGUGCGUUGUUUGAACCAAAUUCCACGACAAAACUUGAUUGGAAAGCUAGAUUUGAUAUUUGUUUGGGAAUAGCAAGAGGUUUGAAGUAUUUACAUGAAGAGAAAAGGUUCAAGAUUGUUCAUGGAAACAUAAAACCUACUAAUAUUUUGCUUGAUAACUCUCUUACGGCCAAGUUGUCUGACUUUGGAUUGGCAACGCUUUGUGAUGAGGAAGAUCCAUUUAUGACCAUCGAAGCAAAAGGGUCGCGAGUUUACAUGGCACCUGAGUAUUCAAUGGGAAAAGCAAUAAAUACUGUUAAAGCUGAUGUUUACAGUUUCGGAGUUGUCCUACUCGAAAUAGUUAGCGGGAUAGUUAGUGCAGAAUAUACACCCAAUCAAGAAGAAGCUAAGUUUCUUCUGGAUAAAGCUAGCGUUUUGCACGAUAAGGGAAGAAUCCUUGACUUGGUGGACCAGAAAUUAGCAUCCAGUUACGACAGAAAGCAGGCUCUUACUAUUUUGCACUUGGCAAUGAAGUGCGUUAAUCUGUCCCCUACUCUCAGGCCUAAAAUGUCCGAAGUCGUCAGUAUACUUGAAGGUGAGAUAAGCCCUCAACAGAUUUCUGAAGGCGAUGAUACUCCAUCAGUAAAUAUUGGAGGACUAUACGGUGUGUUUUCCAAGGUGUUGGAAAUAGAUCCAAUUUCUUAGAUAAUUGAUGGGCCACUACAGUACCCUUUCUAUGCAGUUUAGAAGCAGUAGCAUGAGUGUUGACAGUGUGGUUCUGUUUUCAAUCUUGUUUUGCUACAAUUUCCUGCUGCCUAUUCAGAAGCGACAGUGAACAACAUAUACAAAAUGGAGAGGGUAAUUAUCUAACAAAUUAGUCACCACUACAAAUCUUCCAUGGAGUUAAGAACUUCAUGUGAUACACGUUUGAGAUUCCAAAGGCCUGUGUUGACAGCUUGCUUUUUCUUUGUUUUUCACUAUCUUCUGUCUGACGCUUUUCCAUUCAGUUUU